UGCUAUUUUAUUGUAAUUGCUAUGAUGUCAGCGUGUCCGUCCGCCCUAAUGGCCUUCUAAAAACAAUAACAAGAACAGAUUGGUUCCAUUCACGGGAUUGCCCGGACACAGACAGACACCAGAGUCCUGCAGCUCAAACCUCUGCAAGAUCUUCAGCUGGAAAGCAUGCACCUCCACCACAUCACCUUCCCCUUCCUCCUCCUCCUCCUGGUAGCUGGAGCAGCCGUGCUGUGUGUUACCGUGCCAACAGUGCUCCAGGGUUUCCGAGGCUGCGCGGUGCGAGAGUUCUCCUUUGUGGCCCAGAAGCCGGGUUGCAAGGGGCUGCGCAUCACCACAGAGGCCUGCUGGGGGCGCUGUCACACGUGGGAGAAACCUGUACCAGAGCCCCCUUACAUCCACCGUCACCACCGCGUCUGCACGUACAGCCAAACUCGCCACAUGACUGCACGACUGCCUGGCUGUCAGCCUGAUGUCUCCCCUCUCUACCACUAUCCCGUGGCCCUGGAGUGCCACUGCGACGUUUGCUCCACGCAGGACACGGAGUGUGAGACCUUCUGAAGGACAGGACUCUGCUCUCAUUAAACAGUUUUAUCCACAGUUUAACUGAUGUGA